CCUGCUAUGGUUAAUUUCUACAGUGGAAAGACUGACCGUGGCCUAUCUGGGGUUAUAUAAUCUUUGGUACAGAACUCGUUUCACGCGGCUCGGAAGUAUGCCAGCUAUUUCCGGUUCCAGGUGCGUUCUAUUGAAUGCUAACUAGUUAGCAGCUUCAAUUACUGCAGAUAAUCGGCGAGUUUCGCAGUUUUCGGAAUGAACGUCUAGCUGAUAUCGUAUGGACGUAAUUGUGAAAGAUGCCAGUCGUUUAAGCGGAUACAUCCACGACGUUUAGAGAACAGUUUCAGUACGUUUGGCACUCAAAUGAACCUACUUUGCCAAUAAGUUGAUAGCUAGCUACGUGGACGUUUUCGGAUCUUGAUUAGCGAACUGUUAUAGGGAACAAGAUCAAGAAGUGGAAGAGACUCAAGAGAAACGCUGUCAGAGAUUUAAUAUUGGCCUGCUACAUUCCUCCACUAAACGUCUUUACCCUGUAAAGUUGGACAUGUUCUUCAGAAAGUACCUGAAAAUAUUGUAGCCAAGUACAUAUAUAUAUACAGACUAAGAUAUCUUACAAUUGAAUCCCUCCUCUUUACACUGUAGACGUAAAACUGGCUAUUUGAUUUACUCAAAGUUGUAUUUUGGUAUGGUUUGUUUGUAUGGCACUCACUGUUAUAAGAGAGAAAUUGGCUAAAGCAAGGUGAAAGUCUUUUUGGGGAAGACAUGUAGCUAGUACCUCACAUUGGAAUUUUCCCUUGGGUGUAGGUGUUGUGCUGUGUAGGGGCUGUAUUGUUGGUUUCGAUAUAACAUUGAACACCUACAGGUCUUUCAUGUCCUGAGGUGCACACCCUCUAAUUGUUAAUUUGACUCAUUCAUCUAAUGUACUAUACUCUAACAAAACCUUUGAGCUGAUAGACAUACAGUUUAACCCGUUAGUACAUUCUUCAUAAAUCAGUCUAAAAUCCAGACAGAAUUAAGGGAACUAAACUAAGGGAGCUGACAUGACAGCUGUAGUAGGAAGAGUCUGGGGGUGGGUGCGUCCAGCUGUCUCCUACCGGCCCUGGGGCAGCAAAGUAGCACCUGACAAAACCAUGAAAGACGAGAGGCAGACAAGAGGCAGCUGGGGCUUAGGAGGGUUAACAACAUGGUUUUGGGGAACUGGACAGAAAAGGCAAGCAAGUGACCAAACAACAUUGCUUGAUGAGUACUGGGAAGCAAGUGAGGAGAAAAUCCAGUCCCUGGAAAUUGAAGAUCUGGGCGAGGGCAAGCAGGUGGCUGAGGGGAAAGCAGAACAUGGUGGCUCCAGAUGGUGGACUAAGGUUCUGCCGUCCCGCGACUUCCUCUGGCCAAGAGCAGCUGAACCUGGUGGGAUCAAGCAGAGGAAAUGUAUCGGUGGAGGAUGGGACUCUGACAACGAUGGGGAGUAUUCUGACUAUGAAACUCCUCCACCUUCUCCCACACCUAGCUCCUCAUCAGCCUUCCGGUUCUUUGCACGUGCCUGGAAUGGGGAGAUAGUUCCGGAACACUAUGAGAUCUGCUUCAACCUCCUUCGUCACCUGUUUGACCUGUUGGUGGUGGGCUUCCUGUGGACUGUGUCCCCCCCUACCAAGUUGGUCCUGGAGAUGCUAGGGAUCCAAGGAGGACUGAAGUUGUGGCUCCAUGGAAUGGCAAUGUUUUUUGUCUCCACUGUUGGAAUGGCAGGACUGCUCUGGGUGGUCCAGGAGUAUCUUCCACAUUUUGCUCUGGUGUACGGCAUCGUGCAAGCACUAGUCAUCUCUGUCAGCGUCCGGCAGUGUGUGAUCUUAGGAGAGGGCGAUGAGGUGGAGGAAGAGAAAGGAGAAAAGGAGGUGGAAGAUGAGGAGGAGGAGGAAGUGGGAGACGAUGGGGAAGUGGGAGACGAUAGGGAAGUGGGAGACGAUCGGGAAGUUACAGAAAUGUACCUGACUACAAAAUAAUACAUCAAAGGAAAGAUGAUCCCUGAAAGAAAGUUUGUUUUGGUAAGUUCUUUCAGUCUCUUUCACUUUUUCUGUGAUUUUCUGUGUUUUCAAACUGUACUACAGUCUUGGGAUGUAAAGUGUGAGUUUUCAUGUUAACGAAAUGCAGAAAAAUGUAAAAAUAUUGGGCAAACUUAGUGUAAACUCAAACUAUGGAGACUAUUCUUGUCUAGUUUGGCAAUCUUUGCACCUUCUACAAUUUGUUUGUUUGUUUGUGUAUUUUGGGGGGGUCAUUUAGCAGACACUCUUAUCCAGAGCCCCAAAGCUUUUAACCGCUAGGUUACAGCCUGCCACAAACUGCUCUGCUUUCAGCUAUUUUAAUCUACAGCCCGCCACAAACUGCUCUUUCAGCUAUUUUAAUCUACAGCCUGCCACAAACUGCUCUGCU